AUGGUAAAAAGGAAAAGAGAUGACGAUUGUAACAUAUCACCUGCUAUUAAUCUUCCAGAAAAUCAUAUAAUCUGCAAUGAUCCGCCAUGUAACGGAUUGCUAAUUGAAGUCCAUCUCUAUCCAUCUCAUGUCGAACAGCAUCACGAUAAUAUUUGCAUUAAAUGUGGUAAAAAUUUACCUACCCAAAGGUUGUUGGAGAGACAUCAAGAUGAAGUUCACAACCCUUUCAAAUAA